CGCAAAUGGGAGAGAUACAUACUUACAUACCUGCGCUGAUUUCGCCUUCAUCUUCUGUAGGGGCACCUAUGCUGUGCAAGAAUGGGGGCAGGAGCUCUGACCGUCUGUCACAACAAGGCAGCGGUGCAGGUCAAGGAGGACAUGAAGAAGAUAGCCCAGCUGCCCAUCCUCAGACCAUGGGCAGCAGAAGCCAAGGGCAACAGGCUGUUUGGGGUAUCCCUGUUGGAGCUGCAUGAGCUGGGGCUGGUGGCGGAUGGUGUUCCUCUUGUGGUGCGAAGAAUGGUGGAGCAUCUCCGCAAACAUGCUCUGCAUCAGGAGGGUCUGUUCAGAGUGAAUGGGAACGUGCGUGUGGUGGAGACCCUGAAACAGCGGCUCGAGAGUGGCGAAGAUGUGGACUUCCUCUCUGAAGCUGAUGUGUGUACCGUGGCCAGCCUGCUCAAACAGUACCUCAGAGACUUGCCCGAAGGUCUGGUCCAUUCAUCAGUCAAGGCAGCACUGAUACAGCAGCACCAAGAAUGGAGUGAGAGCAGCUGCUGGUCGGACCUCGGCGACCUGCUUCACCAGCUUCCAGACAUCCACUACAGUCUGCUCCGCUACCUUUGCCACUUCCUCACUGAGGUGGAGAGCCAUCACAAGGAAAACCGCAUGACCGCUUUUAACUUGGCAACAGUCUUUGGACCGAAUGUCUUCCAUGUGGCUCCUGGUUUCGAAGCAAUGCAGGAUCAAAAUGUCUGUAACAAGAUCAUUGCCAGACUCAUCCAGAAUUACAGCAGUAUUUUUGAGAGCGAUGUAGACAGACGAGACUACGUGGAAGAACUACCAACUCUCCUCAUCGUCAAAGAGGCGCACUUGACAGAUUCAGACACAAAGGAAUCACCCAGCACACCCAUUUCCAAGGGACCGACGCCAAUUCCCAGAAAGAAGGUUGGACACAAUGGCUCACCAGAUGACGCAGAUCCAUUUCCUAAAUUCUCCCCCAAAAAUCCAACAGCAAGGCCAAGGAAAAAUAAGGUGAGGAAGGGAACCAGUGACAGUGUACUGCAACUGAUACCUCAGCCAAGCAGCUCUGCUGGGCUGCCUCGCGUUAGACCGCUGCCCAUACCCAUACUGGAGACCCUGACCCCACAGCGGAGGAGCCCCAGCCCAGAGAAGAUGACGACAACUCCAUCAGCCCAGAGCUUGGCCUACCAGGACCUCCCACGAUCCAACUUUUCCUGUUUUCCCCCUGAUUUCAGUCCCUCAGUGAGCGUGGAUGCCCUGAACAGCUCCAAAGAAGAGGAGAGACCAAUAUCUCCUUUCUACAUGAGCACUCACCUGUCCCCCAUUCACUGCAGACCGGAUGUGGCAAACUUUCUGGACAGGACUAUACGGUCAGCCGUGGAGCAGCACCUCUUUGAUGUUAACCCCAUGGGAGACCAAAGCUUAGAGGACUCGGAGCUGUCCCCGUGCCCCCUGGUGAUGCCCACCGCACGACAAAGACGUCGCCACCGGAGAGAGCAGCAAGAGGAGGGCAGGACACGCCACCAAAGUAGCAGAGCGGCUGCCCUCAGAGCAGACUUCGACAAGGAGGAUAUCCCAUCCAUUGGUAGAGCUAGCAUUAGCACUGUUGACUUGCCAGGGGAGGACACAGACACUCAGCCCAGUAGAUCUAAACACAGUCCAAUGCUGGCACAAACCACUGACGUCCAGGAAGGCCAUGCGCUAACAGAAUGCCUCGGUAUGUCUAGUACAUGUGAGAGACCUGAAGAAAACGGCAUGGAGUCAAUAGAGAAAUGGAGGAACGAUUCAACAGAGGACGGCCUUCCUCCUCCACAGAACCUCCACUGGCUCCCUGUCCCACACUGGAUCCAAUUCAAAGUCCUUCUUCUCACUCACAAAGACCUCUAUAACCAGGCCCCCUCCUACCUCAUUGACCUGCUUCCCUACCAUACUCCUUCCCACAGCCUCCUCUCCUCUGAUGCCAACCUCCUGUCUCCACCUCACAGAACCAACAAACCUCCAUUCCUUGCUUCCUCUGCCCAACCUUCCUCCCCCCCUCCCCCUCCCUGCUGCGAACUACUCUUUCUUUUUCUCAUGGUUUUGCAGGCGUUAAGAAUGAAGAUCCAGGAGUCGCACGUUACCUGUGACACAGGGCGAGCCUGCAGCAGCGUGGUGCGCGGUUCGGACCUGGAAUGUGAGGAGGUUCCCCAACUGGACCUGACAGCACUGACUGAGGACAGCAACUGGGGAGAAUCUCCAUUUUUCAGCACCCCCUUCCUUGAUUUCAAAAGCAUUUUUCAGCAAAUUUAUUGCGAUGAACCAGUUCCUGCCAACUCAUCGUGGCAAAGGGAGAGCAUGGACCGUGAGGAGGCUCGACUGUCCCCUCAUGCUGGGGGACGUCUGAUACGUCAGCUCCUGGAGGAGGACAGUGACCCCAUGCUGUCCCCUCGUUUCUAUGCCUAUGGCCACUGCCAGCAGUACCUGGAUGACACGGAGGUGCCCCCCUCACCACCAAAUGCACACUCUUUUGUCAGUCGUAGGCGGAGUUCAUCCCUUGGCUCCUGUGAUGAGGAGAAAGAAGAGCUGACGGCAGCCCAGCUCUCAAAACGCAUCCAUGUACUUAAAAAGAAGAUCCGCAAGUUUGAGGAGAAAUUUGAAGAUGAGCGUAAAUACAGGCCUUCUCACAGCGAUAAAGUUGCAAACCCGGAGGUGCUAAGAUGGGUGAAUGAACUGGCCAGGCUUCGCAAAGAUCUAAAAGAGCACAAACUGUUGAAAUCCGAGGAGGAUCUACCUCCAGUAACUCGUCAGCGCAGCAACACACUGCCCAAGAGCUUUGGCUCUCAACUGGAGAAGAAGCCUGCUCAGGAGAAGGCGCCUCUUCCCCCUGUGGAGACCACCCUGGAGGUGGUCCUGAACAAGCUGCAGGAGAAGAGGAAUGAUCUUGGGCGCCCAGAGGACAUCAAGGAUAUGACACGGGAGCAGAUUGGAGCUGAGAAAGUGGCACUGCAGAAGGCUCUUUUAUACUAUGAGAGCAUACAUGGUAGACCAGUUACCAAGAGUGAAAGGCAAAUCAUGAAGCCUUUGUACGACAGAUACCGUCUGGUCAAGCAGAUCCUGUGCAGAGCCUCUACCAUCCCUGUUAUUGGCUCUCCCUCCAGCAAGCGUAGAGGGCCACUGCUUCAGCCCAUAAUCGAGGGCGAACCAGCGCUCUUCUUCGAUGACAUCAAGGAGGAGGAGGAUGGCUCUGAGGAUGAUGCUGAGUCAAAGACCGAGUUCACUGUCAGUGUCCGGCCCGACCUCAAUGUGCUGGGCUUCCUUGACCAACUGGAAGAAGACAUGGAUGGGUUCAUCUCACCUGUGGACGAACUCUCACCUUCCAGAAACACCACAGAUAUGAGGCUGUCCAACCUGCACUCUGCCACAACGCAGGAACUUGUGGAGCAACUCCAAGAGACCAGAGAGGAGAAGAAGAGAAUCCGCAAGAAUCUGAGGGAAUUCGAGGACCAGUUCUUUCGACAAAAUGGAAGAAAUGUGCAGAAGGAAGACCGUUCACCCUUAGCAGUAGAGUAUAAUGAAUACAAGCACGUUAAAGCCAAGUUACGGCUGCUGGAAGUCCUUAUCAGCAAAAGAGACUCAACAAAAUUCCUCUGAGAAAAUAAGCGCAGGACUCAAAAGAACUAAGGCUCAGACGCGAGAGAUGCAAGCCAUUUUUUCACCAGCUGCUGAAGAAAAUCACUCAAUCCAUAGAUGCACCUUGCCUCUGCAGGAACUCCACCAACUCCACCGUCCAUACCAUCCAAGCCUUGGACUUUUGGACACGCGUCUUCGAUGUUGUGUUAGUCUGCAGCGUUGAGCACAGUGGGGCUCAAUUCUGAAGCCCGGAGAUGGCGAUUGACCCAGCGUACCUUGCUUCUAACCUGACACAUUUAUUUCUGAACGACCUCAUCCUCGGUAAGAGGAAAUGUCUCAAGAUGUAGCCAACAAGAAACAUGUAUAAUCCAGAUUAACCCACAUUCUUAUCAACAAAGAAUUGAUCUGCUAUUACAAAUAAUUUAUUUCUCUCCUUUUUGGAAAUUUGUAUUGUAGGAAUAGAUGUUUUUAUCGGAACAGAAAUGUUAUUUUUAUUGUGUUUUAGAAGUCUUAAAAACCUGACUAUGAUAAUGAGUUUGAAAUCAUUGCUGUUUCUACAUGAGGACUUUGUAAUUGAGAAAUAUUGUUUUUGUAUUUUUGUAAGGGAGAGAGUAACCACACAUGUAACAACCAACUAAUCAGUUUAACAGUAUUCCGUAAGCAGGUGACUUUUUCAGUUGUAGUUUUUGUAGUAGAUGCCAUCAUAUAUUAUUACCACGCUGGCUGAAAUAAUGUUGUCGAAGGAAACACAUUCUUUUGUCUCCGUUGCUUUUGUGGCUUUUUUUUUUUUUUUUUUUUUUGGAGGUUAACCAUGAAACAUUUUUUGUGGAGUAUUCACUCUAAAAGAAUAAUUAAAACACAGCACAAGAUGUUUCCUAUUUUGUAUUAAUAUGAUCCAAAGACAUCUCAGAAUACAGAUGGCACGCCAAAGUAGAACUGAAGACCAUGAUGUUCAGUAGAGCUUAAUUUUUGUGAUCACUGAUAACCAAGUUAAUGCAUUUGACCGCCUGUAUAAUUUUGCAUCGUAUGUUUCCUAUGUACUUCAUGUAAAAUAAGCUAUUUCUUGUCUUGAAAUCACUGGCAUUCUUCUGAUCAACAUUGACAAGACAAAAAUAUUGUCUUGUGUGGAUGAAAGAAAAGGUUGAUAAUGCACAUCACGUAGCCAUCUGUAUUCCACGAGGCUGCUUUCUUUCAAGUCAUUGUCAAAGAUUGUUAUUUGUAAAUAUGGAUCACGGUCUAUGUUUAUCCAUCUGUGAGUUUUUCCCUUAAUUUCUCCAAAAUGGAUAAUGAACAGUGUGAAUUUUGUUUUAUUGAAUGUAAACACUGACAGACUUAAUUUGGGUGUGUACAUUUUAGUACAUAUAGUAUUUUGUAUAUAAUAUAAAAGCAAACUUAUUUUUGCUGAA